AUGGCAACUCAGAAAGAUUUGGAAAGCCAGCGGAAGGCGUCGGAUGAGCGGACCCCGCUCCUGGGGACGUCCGUUGAAGACGAGGCAAACGAGCGAUCCGUCCGGGACCGGAGUGACGACCACGACCGCAUUGAGGAGCACGAAGACGCGGAGCAGGUUCCUCUUGUUGCGUCUCAUGAAGGGGAAGGAAAGCAGAAGCGCACGACCAGUUGGUGGUUGUGGAGAGCUUUUUGGACUGUCCUUGCGAUUUUCUUUUUGGCAAUCUUCAUUAAAGGCUGGAUUGAUGCCAAAGACACGAAUUUUGAUCUUAAAGCAGCGCUGAAAAGGGCCCUUGGUGGCGGCUUGAGCGGCGCUGCGGCCAUGGUUUUGCAGGUGUUGACUCUCAUGCCUAUAAGGACGGUAAUGAACUAUCAAUACCGAUUUGGAGCUGGGUUCAAAGAGGCUAUCAGUACACUUUAUCAGGAUGGUGGGGUGCGAAGAUACUAUCAGGGUAUUGGAGCUGCACUUAUUCAAGGUCCCGUAUCUAGGUUCGGUGACACCGCCGCUAACGCCGGCAUCCUCGCCCUCCUUGAGUCAAACUCUUUCCUGAACCAGCUUCCUACGCUCAUCAAGACCAUCUUUGCUUCCCUCUGCGCUGCUGCGUUCCGCAUGAUCCUCACGCCCAUCGACACCCUCAAGACCACACUGCAGGCCCAAGGUGCCAAAGGUACCGCCAUCCUCCGCCAGCGUGUCAAGACACAUGGAGUUGGAAGCUUGUGGUGGGGUGCUUUUGCGACAGCCGCAGCGACGUUUGUUGGGCAUUACCCCUGGUUUGGAACAUACAACUACCUCUCCGCGAACAUCCCAGAGCCGGAAAAGGGCAAGAUCUUUUUAUGGCUUCUCCGUCUUGCUAUCAUCGGGUUUUGCGCGUCUGUCAUCUCGGACUCUGUGUCAAACUCCUUAAGAGUGGUAAAGACCUAUCGGCAGGUCAAUGACACUCAGGUGUCCUACUCAAAGGCAGCAAAGCUCGUUAUUCAGCGAGACGGCUUCCUCGGUUUCCUUGGGCGUGGUCUCAAGACCCGCAUACUCGCCAACGGUCUGCAAGGCAUUCUCUUCUCCAUCCUUUGGAAGCUUUUCCUCGAUCUGUGA